AGCAGAUUGAGGAUAACAGUAGUAGUAUGGUGCUAAAGAUAGCUGCAGAGGAUUCACCGUCGUCAGCGACUCUUGAUGAGGUGUGCAUGGUGGUGGUGAGGGAAUACAAUGAAGAAAGUGACAAGGUGGCGGUGGAAGAGAUGGAGAGGCUGUGUGAAAUGGCUGGGCAGCGUGGGGGAAAGCAGCCUUCUCUUGUCACUGAUCUCUUGGGUGACCCCAAAUGUCGCAUCCGCCAUUUCCCGACCCACAUAAUGCUGGUUGCAGUGUACGGAGAACAAAAGGAAAUUGUGGGUGUCAUCAGGGGUUGUGUAAAAAAGGUAACAAGAGGUAAUUCAGUGUUUGUAAAGCUGGCUUAUAUCCUGGGACUAAGGGUUUCUCCCAUGCACAGGAGGCUUGGCAUUGGUACAAAACUAGUGAAACAUUUAGAAGAAUGGUGCAAGCAAAAGGGAGCAGAAUAUGCAUACAUGGCCACAGACUGCACCAACGAGGCUUCAAUCAAUUUGUUCACACUCAAGUGCUCAUACCAAAAGUUUCGCACACCGACCAUCUUAGUCCAGCCAGUUCACGCCCACUACAAACCAGUACCUUCCACCAUCGCCAUCGUUCGACUACCCGCCUGCUUAGCCGAGUCGAUCUACCGCCAAAUCUAUGCCAACUCGGAAUUCUUCCCGGAAGAUAUAGACGCCAUUUUAUCUAGUGCCCUAAAUCUAGGCACUUUCAUGGCCCUGCCCAGAAAAUACCUUCUGAAAUGGGACCCUAAGAAAAGCACAUUCCCCCCUAGAAGUGCUUUUGCCAUCCUCAGCGUUUGGAACACCAAACAAGUGUUCAAGCUACAAGUGAAGGGAGUGUCCAAGUUGACACAGGCAUGUUGCGUGGGAAGUAGACUAGUGGAUGCAUGGCUUCCAUGGCUCAGACUGCCUUCAUUUCCAAACGUUUUCAAGCAGUUCGGGGUGUAUUUUAUGUACGGGUUACAUGCCGAUCAGGGCAAGCACGGGUUGCGGUUGAUGAAGGGUUUGUGCAACUUCGUGCACAAUGUGGGAAGGGAUGACCAUGGAUGCGCUGCCGUGGUGGCGGAGGUGAGCCAGAGAGACCCAGUUAGAGAGGCAGUCCCACAUUGGACGAAGCUUUCAUGGGCUGAGGAUAUGUGGUGUGUCAAGAAGCUCACAGAAGCCAAGCAAGGACUGUCGUCGCCGUCGGAUUGGAUUAACUCUCGACCAUCUUCACCGAUGAUAUUUGUUGACCCUCGUGACUUUUAACAAGGCCUACUGGUGAUCAUGAUCUACGUUCUUAGCAUGUUUAAUCUACACAG